AUGGCUUCUCUUGAUGUUGGGUCGACAUACUCAAAUUAUACAGACUUUAAUAAUGCGGUUAUCGCAUUCGAAAAUGAUAAUUUUGUACAGUUUUACCGCCGUGACGCAAGAACAAUUGAAAAAGUCAAACGACUAAAUCCAAGGCACUAUUACAAUCCUGAGUUAAAGUAUGUGAACAUACAUCUGACUUGUAUACACGGUGGCAGAAAUUUCUUAUCACAUUCUAAAGGAUUGCGUCCGAAAACGAGGUAGCUAACUUCCAUUUCUAGAUUACUUUUUUUGCUUGUAUCCAUGGUCAUGUAGCCUACAUAUCUGCUAGAUCUGCUGACAGGGGGCGCUGUUUUGCAGCCACUGUCCGUCAUAAUAAGAGUAUUUCAAUGUAAUGUUUCAAGGACAAGAUAGCAUAUUUUUUUGUAGUGGGGGCGGUAAGAGUUUUUUUUCUCUAAAAAAAGUUUUUAUGUAGAAUGUAUUUCAUUUUACAUUGUUCGAACCUAUGUUAAAGUAGGCUCAUUGUCUCUACAGUACCUGCAGGGUUGGAUGCCCAGCGUUAAUCAAAGUCAAAACUACAGAGGAUGGAGAGAGAUUAGUUGUGAAGGAAAUGGUCAAAAUACACAACCAUGAAGUCAGUGAGGUGAGUGGUCAACAAAAUGGGUUCAAUUCUAGAUGGCAAUACCAUGAUGCAUUUUAUAGUGUUACUGUUAUGAUAAACUACAGUAGGACUGUCACAUAAUAACAAUUACUGGUUGAUGGUUGUUCACACAUUUAUUUAAAUGAAUAUGUUCUUGCACAGGCUGUAUUCAAGCACUACCCCAAGAGGAGACAACUAUGUCCGGCUGAACGUGCCAAGUGUUCAGAAUUGCUGGCAAAGUACGAUGGCAACAAAAGAUUGGUGAUAGAAGAGCUCACCAAAGUAACUGGAAAGGUCAUCCUACCGAAGGACAUUCACAACAUUGCAGCAACAUUGAACUGUCCUCCAAAAUGUGAGAGAAAGAAACACGAGGUGAUCAAAGGGAUUCGAAUGGUGAUGGACACUGAUACAAAGCUAAGAGAACAGGCAAGAAAAAGGCGGCCUGGAUCUGGUUAGUAUUUCUGACAUAAUACGUGCUAUUAAGUUAAGGAGGGAGCAUUGCCAUUACGUUGCCACAACAUUGGGGACGUUACACCCUCACAUACAGCGGUGUAGUGGUGAUGUUUUUUUAUUUAUUAAUUAUUAUUAUUUUUAUUUUUAUUUUUUUUUAUAACUUUACCUAACCUCAUACAACUAUCCGGAAGUCUCGCGAGCUUACACAUGAAUUCCAGCGGUAAUCAGCGUGGUAAUAACAGGUUACAGUUGACAGUUUACCAACCUUUUGACCUAUGACAGGCCGGCAAACUCUGGUUACCACCUACAUGCGCAGGACAUUUAUCCAUGGGUUUCGUGUAACACAACCACAGAACUUUAGCCUGGUCAAUUAAAAAAACGCAAAUGCAAACCUGGCAUGAUCGGCAAUCUAGUUCCAAAAUAACAGCCUGCAGGGUUACAAAUGGGGCUUCCAUAUAGCCAAUAUCAGAUAUUCUUUACGGCAGCUAUACUCAGCCCGAUUUAUGAUUAAAUUCAUAUACUGUGUGUCUUCUCCAUGCAUUCCGAUAUAAAGGUGCAUGACAAGGUGUAGCACCCGUGCUUUAGUCUUUCAAAGAAGACACCUCAGCAACGACAGUCAGACUAUCGUCAAGCACAAUCUUCCGGGUAAAGAAAUGUUGAAAAACUUUGAUUUUGGAGUGUAAUGUCCAGAUAAUGUUACUGCUAAUAUGUCAUUGAAUGCACCUCUAAGCUUUCAAGGAUCCAAGGAGGUCGGAGAAGAAGCUGGUGCUUGACGUGGACACGGGGCUGGAUGAUGCUCAGGCCAUCAUGAUGGCUCUCGCAGCCCCCAACGUGGAGGUCCUGGGGAUCACCUGCGUAAGCGGCAACACGUCCCUGGAAAACUCCUGCAGGAAUACACUGCGCGUUCUCAAGGUCUGCCAGCGACUUGAGGUAGGCCUGGUGGAAAGAAUGCUCCCUUCUUGUUACUUAAUUAAAAUAACGAUUGAUUUGUAACAAUCAUACCAUUUUGGUGGUAAGCUUAUGCUCUAUUAUAGGCUAAUUUCAGUGUGUAUUAUAUCUGCUGUGUUGUGUUAGAUCCCAGUGUUCGGUGGAGCUGCGGAGCCUCUGAUGGGCCACCUCCUGUCUUCAGGCACCUUCCACGGGCAGGAUGGGCUGGGGGACGCCCCUGACCCAGACGCCCCGGGCUUGGAGCUGCUGCAGACAGAAGGAGCUGUGGAAGCCAUCAUCAGGCUGGUCAAUGAGAACCCUGGAGAGGUCGGUAACAAAAGGGUUAGGUUCCUAGGCUAAAACCAACCCCUAGCACCCCUAGAUCUAUGAGCAAUGUGUUUGCAUUGGGGCUUCGAAUCCAAACAAGGUCUACCGCCUUGCGGACAAGGCGUUAAGGGUAUUUUUUCCAAGCCCCAAGGGUAUUUUUCCUUCUUUGUAGUUGUCUGGAUUGACUCAGUGUUGUUUCUCUGUCUAGGUGUGCCUGGUAGCCACAGCCCCGUUGACCAACCUGGCCCUUGCAGUGAAGAUUGACCCCACCCUCCCUCAGAAACUCAAAGGCCUCUUCAUCAUGGGAGGCAACACUGACUGUAAGGGCUUUAUGUAUAUAAUGCAAUUUACAUAGGCCUAGUGACUUGUUAUCAACAUACUUUGUCAUACAGUCAAUUAACACUUUUUUUUAUUGUACUUUUUUCUUUAAAAAAACAACUGCAUUGUUGGUUAAGGGCUAGUAAGUAAGCAUUUCACUGUAAUGUCUACACCUGUUGUAUUUGGCGCAUGUGGCAAAACAUUUUUUUAUUUGAUUUGAACCUGGUAGGAUAUUUAAAGAGAAAUGGCAUGGUAGGAUGUUAUGUAUGAUAAUGACCUAAUAAUAACAUGUUUGUUUCUUGGGUAUUGUUAUGUGUUUGCAGCUAGGGGGAACACCACCGUGUGUGCAGAGUUCAACUUUGCUGCCGAUCCGGAGGCUGCUUACAUUGUCCUGAACCGCUUCUUCUGUCCAACCUACAUCGCUACCUGGGAGUUCUGCUGUGAGAACAAGCUACCAUGGGUAAGACCACAGGUUCUGGUCAUCUACCUACAGUGCCUUAUGAAAUUAUUCAGACCCCUUGACUUUUUCCACAUUAUGUUACGUUAGUGUUAUUCUAAAAUGAAUUAAAUAAAUAAAAAUCCUCACCAAUCUGCACACAAUACCCCAUAAUGACAAAGCGAAAACAGGUUUUUAGAAAUGUUAGCAAAUGUAUUAUUCUUAUUACUUAUCUACAUAAGUAUUCAGACCCUUUGCUAUGAGACUCGAAAUUGAUCUCAGCUGCAUCCUGUUUCCAUUGAUCAUCCUUGAGAUGUUUCUACAACUUGAUUGCUUUCCACCUGUAGUAAAUUCAAUUGAUUGGACAGGAUUUGGAAAGGCACACACCUGUCUAUAUAAGGUCCCACAGUUGACAGUGCAUGUCAGAGUAAAAACCAAGCCAUAAGGUCGUAGGAAUUGUCUGUAGAGCUCCGAGACAGGAUUGUGUCGAGGCACAGAUCUGGGGAAGGGUACCCAAAAAUGUCUACAGCAUUGAAGGUCCCCAAGAACACAUUCUUAAAUGGAAGAAGUUUGGAACCACCAAGACUCUUCCUAGAGCUGGCCAAACUGAGCAAUCGGGGGAGAAGGGCCUUAGUCAGGGAGGUGACCAAGAACCCGAUGGUCACUCUGACGGAGCUCUAGAGUUCCUCUGUGGAGAUGGGAGAACCUUCCAGAAGGACAACCAUCUCUGCAGCACUCCACCAAUCAGGCAUUGAUGGUAGAGUGGCCAGACGGAAGCCACUCCUCAGUAAAAGGCACAUGACAGCUCGCUUGGAGUUUGCCAAAAGGCACCUAAAGACUCUCAGACCAUGAGAAACAAGAUUAUCUGGUCUGAUUAAACCAAGAUUGAACUCUUUGGCCUGAAUGCCAAGCGUCACUUCUGGAGGAAACCUGGCACCAUCCCUACAGUGAAGCAUGGUGGUGGCAGCAUCAUGCUGUGGGGAUGUUUUUCAGCAGCAGGGACUGGGAAACUAGUCAGGAUCGAGACAAAGAUGAACAGAGCAAAGUACAGAGAGAUCCUUGAUGAAAAGCUGCUCCAGAGCGCUCAGGACCUCACACUGGGACGACAACAACCCUAAGCACACAGCCAAGACAACGCAGGAGUGGCUUCAGGACAAGUCUCUGAAUGUCCUUCAGUGGCCCAGCCAGAGCCCGGACUUGAACCCAAUCUAACAUCUCUGGAGAGACCUGAAAUGCUCCCCCAUCUAACCUGACAGAGCUUGAGAGGAUCUGCAGAGAAGAAUGGGAGAAACUCCCCAAAUACAGGUGUGCCAAGCUUGUAUUGUCAUACCCAAGAAGACUCAUGGCUAUAAUUUCUGCCAAAGGUGCUUCAACAAAGUACUGAGUAAAGGGUCUGAAUACCUAUGUAAGUGUAAUAUUUCAGGUUCUUAUUUUUAAUAGAUUAGCAAAAGUUUCUAAAAACCUGUUUUUGCUUUGUCAUUAUGGGGUAUUGUGUGUAGAUUGAUGGGGGAUGAAAAAACUAUUAUCAAUUUUAGAAUAAGGCUGUAACGUAACAAUAUGUGGAAAAGGUCAAGGUGUCUGAAUGCUUUCUGAAUACAAUGUAUACAGACUACAUAAAGGCACACACACUACCAGGCUUUAUUGUAAGCACUGGUCCAGUUCUCUCACAUCAGAGCAGAUGGAGGAAAUGAGACAAGGAGAGGAGGCCUCUUUCAAUUAUUGAGAUGCAACCACUGGCUCACUUAGACAAUUCAUUAUUAUCGAAAUAUCUCUUGCAGUCUUUUUACAAAGAUUUUACAUACAUUUUGUCAGAGCAAAUUGAUUAGUAUUUUCUCCAAACCCACUUGUCCCAUCCGUCUCUAAUCACCACCCUGCAGUCGUUCUGUGACAAGUGGCUGGCCCAGGACACAGACAAGGCCCGCUUCAUGAAGAGCGUCUUCAAACACACCAUGGACACCGUGGCCUCCUGCGCUCGCUUCCAGAGGGAGAUGACGGCCGGACCGGGCUUUGUGUCGUGCGACUCGUACGCCAUGGCAGCGGCCAUCGAUGACGGUUUCGUGUGGGUGUCUGAGCCGGUGGCGGUUACCGUGGAGCUUCAGGGGACCUACACCCGGGGCAUGAUGGUCCUGGACAAGCUGGGAGUCCUGGAGAAGGAGCACCAGGUCGUCAUCAUGAGGACGGUGGACCUGGAGAGCUUCAAGGGGCUGUUGAUGGACUCCUUGAAGUAACAAGCACUGGGUUGGGAACCCCACCUAGGCCACUGUCCCAUAUUGCUUUCAAUUGUUUUUUUAUCAUUAUUGGGGUGGGGCUACAGAAUUCCACUCCUCUUUCGUAAUUUGUUUUUUGUACAGAGAGAUCCUGAUAAGAGGGAGACAGUUUGAGGUGGUGGAUAUGUCUCCAGUGUCUGUUUUGACUUGCCAUUAUGUUCUGAAUCACCAAUCAUUUUACUUUAACAGGAAAUAUAUAUUCUACAAUGUUUCUUUUCUGAUAUUGUCUUACUAUAUUACAUGAGGUCAGCAGAAAAUGUCCAUGAGUAAUGUUACCAGGCUAUCAGUAACUUUUUUUAGAUUGCAUUUCUUUCCUGUUAAUGACAAAGGGAUAAAGUAAAACUUAUUUAUUGAAAGUGCUCGGCCAUGUACACUCAGAUACGUCCCUUAGUCCGAUUGAAAUACAAAUUCACCACUUUCCAUUACUUCUAUUUCUCUUCAAUAAACAUGAUUUUCAUUAUGUCAUAUUUAAAAAAAGAAAACAAACCGAGAUAUAAUCUUAGAAACAAUCCACGAUUUGUGUAUCUCACAACCAAAGUAUUAUUUACAUAGUAUACAAAAGUGCAACACCCCCAUCCAAUCACAUUCCAAAAUGAAAGCAUUGUCCACGAGUCCUCAGAGCCACCACUGACUCUGUCAGUCUGUCUGUGGGCUCUGGUCCUGACUCCAGGGUGUCUACUGGACGCGGUACUUGUAGAACCAGCAGAGGCCCUUGGUGAAGUUCCAUCCCAGAGAGAGAGAGAGGAUGUAGAGGAGACCUAGCAGGGCGAAGGGGUAGAGCAGAACCACUGUGUUCUGCAGGUGGGGCAGUGCUGAGGAGAGACAGAGAGGGAGAGGAACUGGAGUAAAUAUGGAGUUGGUAGAUGUAACCAUUGUUAGAGGGUCUGAUGGUUUCAUCCCCCAGUGAACUAUCCAUUUAAAGGUGAAUAAAACUUAAUGGGGGCCUCACCAUUGUAUCCCAGGAAUGUAAUGUAUAGAUAGUAGCCGAUGGCUAUCAGCCACAGACUGUUCCCUACAAAGUACCCCAGGAACCAGUCGGAGUUUAUCACUACGAUAUCUGAAACAAACAGAGCAGAGAUCAGACACUGUUACAACAUGUGACAAAUAACACCUCUUAUAACAUGUUAUAAAUGUGUAAUACGUUUGCACUCACGGUUCAUAAAGAAGAGCUGGAGGAAGUGCAGGAUGACAAGCAGGGGGUAGAAGGCAUUGAGAUGCACAUCGAAUGCGUAGCCCCACUCCACAUCAUAGUCCUUACUGGGGGGCUUCAGCAGGUACUUAUUGGUGAUGAACCUGGGGAUACAGGACAGACAGGAAAGGCCCUUUAGAAGAGCAUGGGGAAGGACUAGCGUUUCAAAACUGAUAGAAGUUAAACAUUUGCACGUCCCGAAGACAACCUCUAGCCUCUAUCUGAAGGGACCAGAUAGACACACACACAAUAUGAUGCUGUGGCUCCUUCUUAUAGGCUUCCAGCUAUUCCAUAUAUCGUACACCCAUCUAGUUCUUUCAGAUCUGUACAUCUCUACUCACCACAUGAGUGUGGAGAUGAGCAGGCCCACUCCGAUGCAGUCUAUGAACACCACCCACAGCAGCAGCUUCAGAGUCUCCACGAAGCCCAUGUCCAGCACCAACCCAAAGCCCACCGUGGACACUACACCGAGGACGAGAGACAG